AUGCGCGACGUCGUGCACACGGGCAGCAUGGCCCCGGCCGUGCUGCUGUGCAUCCUGGCUGUUGUCCUGGCCGCGCCAACUGCAGUGGCCCAGCCGCAGCAGCAGCGGCUGAGCCAAUGGGACGUGUGCGGCGGCCUCAACAGCCCCUCCAAGAGCGAUGCCGCUGUGACGGGCUGCCCACCCGGCUUUGCCUGCAUUCGCCAGGAUGAGUUCUAUUGGCAGUGCAAGGACAUAAAAACACUGCAGGGCAACGCCGCUGAGCUGGCAAAGCAGCCUGAAAAGCAGGGGCAACAGCUGGGAGCACCGGGGCUGCCCCAGGAGGCUCAGGGGAAGCAGACCCAGGGAUACGAGUGCGUCCGUCAAGACGGGUGGUUCUACAACUGCAAGUCCAUUGCGUCCCUGCAGCUACCUGCCGAGGCGAGCCCCAGGCCCACUACGCCGCUGGUUGCCAAUGAGACGUCUGCCACUGGAGAGAAGCCCAAAACAGCGGAGCAGCCGCCUGUUCAGGCGAAGCCCGCAGUAGAGGCAAAGCCGCCUGCCGAGGCCAAGCCCAUAGCAGAGCAGAAGCCGCCUGUCGAGGUCAAGCCCACAGCUGAGCAGAAGCCGCCUGCCGAGGCCAAGCCUACAGCAGAGCGGACGCCGCCUGCCGAGGCGAAGCCUGCAGCAGAGCAGAAGCCGCCUACCGACGCAAAGCCCGCAGCAGAGGACAAAGCGCCUGCCGAGGCCAAGCCCGCAGCAGUGGAGAAGCCCGCCGCCAAGGCGCCACAGGAGCCUGAGCCUGCGCCUGCCCCUGCGCCCACGCCUGCGUCUGCUGCAGGGGCGGGGCCUGUCCCUGAGCCCGUCAAGCUGGCGCUGCAGUUUCCGGGCGUGACUACUGACGAGUUCAAGGCCAAGUAUGCGGAGGGUAGCCUCAAGGCCGUGGCAGAGGUGGCCGGCGUCGACCCUGCAGCGGUGAAGUCGACCGUCACCCCAGCGGGCGCCGGCGGCGCAGCCGCUCGCCGCCUGCUGGCAUCUGGCGGCGUUGACGUGGCGUACACCAUCACUGCAGCCGACCGCGACGCUUUGCUCGAGCGCCUCGACACAGCCAGCGCCGACGGUGGCGCUGGGCUGAACAAGGCGCUCGCUGCAGCCGGCGUGCCCCUCAAGCCGGCUGUAUGGAUCAACGGCCAGAACAAGGUCCCGGUGGCUCCGGUGGUGACGCCACGCACCGCCGAAACGCCGGCUGCCACUGUUCCCGCCCCUGAGCAAGCGACAGGGACACCCGCUGUGAGCCAGAGUGUCGUGAUCGGCGCCGUGGUCGGGUCUGUCCUUGGCGCACUGCUGCUGGUAGCACUGGUGCUGGUAUUCUUGCGGCUGCGCCGCCGCAAGGCCGCCGCCGGGCAGGACGCAUCACUCCCCGUCAAGCCCACCAAGCAGGCUACUCCCGACGUUGAGAUGGCCAGUGGCAGCGACAAGGCAGCCCAGAGCGGCCGCCCCACGACCGCAGUCACAGCGGCCGCCGCCGGCCACAGCUCGCAGACGCUGCAAUCGGCCGCAGCUGCGGGCGCUGCCGCUGCUGCGGCGCUGCCGGCGCUGCAGCACUCAAGCAGCGGCCGCGCGCCUUCUGCGAGCUUGGCGCCGGCCGAGGCCUUCCCGCGCUCCUUCAACCCUACGGCCGAGGACACCACCCCCAGCCCCGUCCCUGCCCUCCCACCGGUACGCACCAGCAAGGAGCCCGCUGCCGCGAAGGUUGCCGCCCCCGCGGCCGCCGCCGCCGCAGGCGUGGCUGCAGCUGCGGCCGCAGCCGUGGCUCCCACAGUGGCGCUGCCCGCGGCGCCCGCAGCGGCGCCCGCACCCGCGGAGGCGCCCGUGACGCCCAGCUCCUCCGCCGCGGCCGCGGCCCACGAGGACCUGCCGCCCACCCCCGGCAGCCGCCCCGGCAGCGACGGCACCUUCCGCAGCGGCGACGAGGCGUUUGGGACGCCCCGCAGCACCGCGGGCGGAGCCCCCAGUGAGGUGUCUUUCAAGAGCGCGGGAGCCGGGAGCGGCAGCGAGGCCAGCUUCCGCACGGUCGGGGGCGCCUCCGCCGCCAGCUUUGCCAGCGCGAGGUCUGCCGCCAGCCGCAUGAGCGCCGUGAGCGCGGCCACCUCCUUCAGCAAGCACGAGAACGCCUCAGAAUUCCCCAAGGCGUUUGUGCCCAGGAUACCCGACGAGGGCAGCGCGAGCGGCAGCGACGCCGAGGGUGACGCGCCGCUCGCGGCGCGCGGCAGCGGUGGGGCCGCCGCAGGCCCGUCGGCUGCGGGCGCGCGCGGUACGACCUCCGCGUCUCGGCUGGCGGGCUCACGGCUGUCUGGUUCCGGCAAAGACAGCGCUGGCAAGCGCUCCUUCAAGCCCCUCGGUCGCUGA